CGCAGGAGAGGCGGCGUCCGGGGCAAGUCUCCCUAAUGUAAGAUGGUGGCCGGGCUGGCAGCGGAGCGCCCCGAGCUCGGAGAUUACCCGUCUCUAGCGUAAAGGUCGUCGGAGCAGCCGCUCAAGCGUCUGGACGGCCGCCGCCGCAGGUCCCGCCCCAGGAGCGUCGCUGCGGUUUUCUCUCCUCCGCUUCUCUCCUUUCUCGCCGCUUCUUCUCUUUCCCUCCCCACCCUUCUCCUUCUCCCUUCGCCUCCUUCCCCGCACGCUCACCCACCCACCCGCCCGCCCCCGCCGGCCCGGCAGCCACCGCCGCGCCGGGCAGCGUGAGGGAGAGCCGCGCACACGCACCACGGGCUGGGCAGGGAGGAGGAAGGCGGACCUUCAAGUGCUGACCUACUUGGUCUAUUAAGUUAUUAUAAACUUUUGCUGCUCUGCGAACAUAUAAAGAUGUCUCGCAGCCCUGAUGCUAAGGAAGACCCUGUGGAAUGCCCCCUCUGCAUGGAACCUCUGGAAAUUGAUGACAUCAACUUCUUCCCUUGCACCUGUGGCUACCAAAUCUGCCGUUUCUGUUGGCAUCGUAUCCGCACUGAUGAAAAUGGACUUUGUCCUGCUUGCAGAAAGCCAUAUCCAGAAGAUCCAGCAGUGUACAAGCCACUCUCCCAGGAAGAGCUGCAAAGGAUAAAAAAUGAAAAGAAACAGAAACAAAAUGAGAGGAAACAGAAGAUAUCAGAGAACCGCAAACAUUUGGCCAGUGUACGGGUUGUGCAGAAGAACCUUGUCUUCGUGGUAGGGUUAUCUCAGCGCCUAGCAGAUCCAGAGGUUUUGAAACGACCAGAAUAUUUUGGGAAGUUUGGUAAAAUACAUAAAGUUGUCAUUAAUAACAGCACAUCAUAUGCAGGCUCACAGGGUCCAAGUGCCAGUGCAUAUGUAACCUACAUUCGGUCAGAAGAUGCUCUCAGAGCCAUACAGUGUGUCAAUAACGUGGUGGUAGACGGCAGAACACUUAAGGCAUCAUUAGGUACAACAAAAUAUUGCAGUUAUUUUCUAAAAAAUAUGCAGUGUCCAAAACCAGACUGCAUGUAUCUACACGAGCUGGGGGAUGAAGCAGCCAGUUUUACAAAAGAAGAAAUGCAGGCGGGUAAGCACCAGGAAUAUGAACAGAAACUACUGCAAGAGUUAUACAAACUAAACCCCAACUUUCUCCAGUUAUCUACGGGUACAGUUGACAAGAACAAGAACAAAGUAACAGCACUGCAGAGCCCUAUCGACAAACCUUCAGAUUCCCUCAGUAUAGGAAAUGGUGACAGCUCCCAACAGAUAACAAACAGUGACACACCUUCACCACCGCCUGGUUUAACAAAACCCAAUCCAGUCAUACCCAUCAGUUCAUCUAAUCACAGUGCACGGUCUCCUUUUGAAGGGGCUGUAACAGAAUCACAGUCACUCUUCUCUGACAACUUUCGGCACCCUAACCCCAUCCCUAGCGGGCUUCCUCCAUUCCCCAGCUCUCCACAGACUUCAAAUGACUGGCCCACAGCACCAGAACCACAGAGCCUCUUCACAUCAGAGACUAUACCAGUGUCCUCCUCCACAGACUGGCAAGCGGCUUUUGGGUUUGGCUCCUCCAAACAGCAAGAGGACGACUUAGGGUUUGACCCCUUUGACAUCACCCGCAAAGCCUUAGCAGACCUGAUCGAGAAGGAACUGUCAGUCCAAGACCAACCUUCCCUCUCGCCCACAUCUCUUCAGAACCCUUCCCCACACACUACAACUGCCAAAGGGCCAGGCUCUGGAUUCCUGCAUCCUGCUGCACCCACAAAUGCCAACUCUCUCAGUAGCACCUUUCCAGUCAUGCCACAGAGGUUCCCACAGUUUCAACAGCAUCGAGCAGUUUACAACUCCUUCAGUUUUCCAGGCCAAGCAGCUCGCUAUCCUUGGAUGGCCUUUCCACGCAAUAGCAUCAUGCACUUGAACCACACAGCAAAUCCCACCUCAAAUAGUAAUUUCUUGGACUUGAAUCUCCCACCACAACACAGCACAGGUCUGGGAGGGAUCCCUAUAUCAGACAACAGCAGUUCUGUAGAGAGUUUAAAUAUGAAGGAAUGGCAGGACGGGCUAAGGGCACUUCUACCGAACAUUAACAUCAACUUUGGUGGACUGCCCAAUGCUUCUUCCCCCUCCAACGCCAACCACAGUGUACCAACGUCCAACACUGCCACCACCGACAGCCUGAGUUGGGACAGCCCUGGCAGCUGGAUGGACCCUGCAAUCAUCACAGGUAUCCCAGCCUCCACAGGAAACAGUUUAGACACCCUUCAAGAUGACAAUCCUCCACAUUGGCUAAAAUCUCUCCAGGCCCUCACAGAGGUGGACGGCCCCAGUGCAGCACCAUCACAGACCCACCACAGUAACCCCUUCGGCACACAGAUCCCUCUGCACAGAGCCAGUUGGAAUCCCUACUCUCCUCCUUCGAACCCCACCAGCUUCCAUUCUCCACCUCCAGGCUUUCAGACAGCCUUCAGACCUCCCAGCAAAACCCCCACAGAUCUACUACAGAGCUCAGCGCUGGAUCGUCAUUAGGAAAGGAGGAAAAAGGAAAACAAAAAAGGAAAAGGAAAAGAAAACCCAAAACGUUAGAAAUGCAGGAAGUGUCCCACCCUGACUCCUCCCCGUACCCACCUACUGUUCCUUGUCAUAUCUUUCUGAAGAAUCCAGUUCCUGAUCAAACCUCUUCCCCCCACCCCAGAUGCAAUGCCAUCACAGGGUCACAACCACAUCUUUUUGUUGAGUUUCUGCUGAGCCUGAGGUGUUUGGAUUACACUGUUGGAUAUAGUUUCUAACCAGUCUAAGAGGGGGGAGAAAAAACAAAAGGAGAGGAAAAAAAAAUGAGAGAGAGAGAGAGGAAAUCAAAAUGCAGUUUCAAUGCUUAAGGAGAAUAUUUCUGUCUUGUGUGUUUUGCACAUGAGUAUUUGAGCCUAGUGGAAAAGUGUCAGUCUGCAGCAGGGGGAGAAAAAGGCAAUGCCAGAACAAAAUGCAGAACCAGGAGGCAAGGAUUUCAUUUCAGUGAGGUUUCUGAACAUGUGGGGCAGGCAGUGACCUAAGCAUUUAUUUUGCAUUCAGUGUGGCACUACACAGGAAAUUGCUGUGUUAGGUUGUUUUGGGGAGGGUUUUUUGUUGUUGUUGUUAUUUUGUUUUGAGAAGGGGAUUUUUUUUUUACUCUCAGGCAGUUUGCCAUGAAGUGUGUUGAAAGACAAACCACUUAGAGCUCUGAGUAACUGACACAUUGCUAAAGAAUGGUUUAAAGAAGGAAGAGUAAGAGAUAGAUUUUGUUUUCCUUUCAUUUUGGCUUUAGGAAACUUUACUGUUUUAAAAGUAUUCACAGAUUUAAUACCUAGCAUAUACAUAAUAUAAGCAGCUGAAACACGAGUGAUACUUCAGUUCUUUCUGUCUCCUCUGUCAGGCUCUCUCUCUCUCUUUUAGGUUUUUUUUCCUUCUUUAUUUUUUUCUCCCCCUCCCCUCUUUUGGAAACAAAACCAAUUCACCUGAUUUUGGGAGCACUCUGGGAUAGCACUGCAUUGGGGCCACAUGAUCACCAUCAGGAGCAACCUCUGACCUCCUCUGCCUGCAGCUUUUACUUAACCCUGUAGUUUCUGGACGUUUGUGCAGUAUUGAAAAGACAGGAUUUAAAAAAAAAAAAAGAAAUAAAUAAAAGGAAAAAAAAAAAGGCAAAACCAGAUAAAUAAACAUGGAUAUAACCUGACUCUAAAACUAAAACCAAGGAAAUGUACCUCUUUCUUCAGAAUUAAAACUAAAAAUCUUAAAUAAAACAGGAAACUUGAUGAUGACUUCA